GCCGCCAUGGCCGCCGGGCGCCUCCCGCCGGGCGCGCUCACCCUCAAGCAGGUACGGGCGGGCUGGGGGGCGCGGGCCGGCAGCGUCCUGUAGAAAUGACGCGGAGCUCGGCGGUUGUUUAAAUGUGUGCUGCGCAGCUCGCAGCACUGUUCUGGGGCAGCGGGCAGACCUCCCUCUCUCCUUGCCAGUUCCUGAGGCGGCAGCAGGUCCUUCAGCUGUACCGCAAGAUCCUGCGGGCUAUCCGCGAGGUCCCUGCUGAUCAGGAUCGCCGCUACUUAAAGGACUGGGCCAGGGAGGAGUUCAAGAGAAAUAAGGAUGCUACAGAAGAGGAUGCAAUCAGGAUGAUGAUUACUCAAGGCAACAUGCAACUUCAGGAACUUCAGAGAACACUUAAGCUGGCAAAAUCCUGAUCUUCAUUUUGUUGACAGUUGGAUUUUAAUCUAUUGCAAAUACGCACAGUGUUUUUUCCAGAAUGUGGUUAUAAUGACAGCCUUUCCUGGCAACCUGGUAAUGUUUGAAGGAGGAAUCUACCACUGAGAGGGUUUUGUUUUUUAUCCUUCCCCAUCCAUUUUUCAGUUUGGCUACCCUCAGAAGUGGAAAUCACUUGGACACAAAGGACAUUAAAGAACUGCAUGGAUAAUGUAGCAUGUGCUGCAGGAAAAUCAGAAAGCAACAAAAAUUACAACAGCUGUGUUAAUGCCAGUGCAAUGGAAAAUAAACAUAUGCCAGAUUA